CAACGUGAAUAUGAGAUGCAACAACAGCAACGUGAAUAUGAGAUGCAACAACAGCAACGUGAAUAUGAGAUGCAACAACAGCAACGUGAAUAUGAAAUGCAGCAACAACGUGAAUAUAAUAUGGGAAUGGAAAAACAAAGACCUCCGCAAUUAAGUCUAAAUUCUCAAAAGACACCAUUACGACCAUCAUUAUCACGUCAAAACUCGUACUCAUCAAAUAUUAAUGAUUGGGAAGAAGAGUGGAUGAGAAGAAAUAGACCUACUACGGCCGAACCUCAAUUGCUUGACCCUCGCAGGGAAUAUGAUAGGCAAAGAAGAUCAAAAACGCCAACUCGUGGCGGAGAAUAUGAUAGACGGAGGGACAAUGGUAAUUGGGAGGACAAACGUAUUUCACGAAGUUAUGAUAUGUUUGAUGGCAGAGAUAGUCGGCACGAGAUCAAUGAUAGAAACAGAAGAAGAGAUUUAGAAUGGAAUGAUAGAGGACGGCAUCACGUUAAGGAUAAUGAUAUGAACGACAGGUGGAGCAGAGAUAGCGUGUCCACAGACAAAGAACAUUUAAGCGAGGGACAUGAGGAAGAUUUUGAUAGUGUCAGCGAAUUUGAGCUUAAUCAAAUGGAUAAUAAAGAAAAAAGGUCUAUGAAUAAACCAGUUGGACGUGUAGUUUCGCUUCCACCACCGCCACAGAACUUUGGAGUUACUGACUUUGAAUAUCGAGAUUCUGACAUGGCUAAUUUAAAAGAAAUUGUAGAAAAAUUGGACAUGGAAGAGAAUGGAGAGAACGCAACAGAAAACUUUGGCGUAAGCCGACCAGCAAGCAUUUUUAUUUCGGAAGAUACGUUGAAACAUCUUUCUAAUACUUUAACUGGCAACGUUAAUCCGUUCUACUUGAACCCAGAUGAAAGAUUUAACAAUGGAGAUGAACAAACCUUAACCACUAUACAAGAAGUUGAAACUUCUGAGUUUUCAGAGAUGCACUAUCCACCGGAGAAAACUCCGUCCCGAAACAAUCCAAUAAUAAAUAACAAUGGUGUAUUAUCACAUUCAGAGCAGAUACCGGAAAAUGUACAAGCUUUUCCAACAAACGCUGAAAAGGUUAACGAAUCCAUUAAUUCUCAAAUUCUUCAACCAACUGAAGAAAUAAAUGGAACACGUUCUACAGAGCAACAAACACAAUCCCCGACAUCCACAGUAAGAAAAGAAGGUGCAUUACCAGGUGCUCGCGAUAGGGCUCUAAAACGUAGUGAAUUCAUGCAAGCAGGACCACCGCUUCCGGCUUCUGUUCAGGAAAGACGAUUGUUGCUCGUUACUCACUUAGCACGCCUUAAUAACCAUGAUGUAGACAUAAGUCUUUUCCGUAAACUGGCUCGAUUAUCUAAAGAAACACCAUUGUCAGAUAGGGAAACAUCCUCAGACAUUUGGGAAAACGGAGAUAGGUUUUCUGAAUUAUUAACAGCAUUAAUAGGAUUCCUGAGCGAUUUCGAUGAGGCUGCAGAAUUAAGGGAAAAUGCAGUUAUGCUACUUGGUCAAUUACUUACUAACCAGCCGGAUUACGUUAGGGGUUCUGAAGGAAUAGUUUUACGAAUUUUAUUAGAGUGUAGCUCUGAUCCAUCAGCAAACGUUUGCGGUCAAACGGAAGAGAUUUUAGAGAAUUUUGCUCAAGAAGUUGAUUGCAAAGUUGGCUUAUAUGCUUUGAUUGAAAUUAUGGAAUCAACCUUAUUUGGUAAUUCUUUGGGUUCGCGGGCAACUAUGAAAAAAUACGCUUUUACGGCAUUAUCUCUACUUGUCAAAAGGUUUGACAAAAAGUCUUUGGAAAGACUAAUUGGUAUAAUUAUCCCAUUAACAAUUAAGGGAUUUAAUGAUCAAAAAUCAGAGAUUCGUAAAGCUGUUGUCGAUACACUUGUUGUAGUGUAUUCAGUUCUCGGAGAUGACAAUACUUUAUUCCAAUACCUCG